CAGGAAGAGGGCAGGGAAGAACCGGGGGAGACGACGGCCAUGCUGGAGAAUUUCGUCCCAAAUGCCUAGGCACCAUAUGAACACAGAACAUUUCUUCAAAUCCUCCACAACUACAAGAAGCUUCCUAGUUUCAUGACUAGUACCAUCAAACUACCUCAUGGACACCUCUCCAUCCCACGAAUCCUACAAUUCGAUCAUCUAACAGAGAGCUCUGACAUAAGAUAGUAAUGGCGAUGAUGCUUGUGCGUGUUUCUACAAGAGUGAUGAACACCGUCCUGUCCAAGCUCUCCAAGAUGUUGGAGGACAAGUACACCAAGCUCAAAGGUGUACACAGUCAAAUUGCCUUCUUUAGAGAUGAGUUGAGCAGCAUGAAGGCUGCCUUGGAGAUGCUUGAAUCUGUAGAGGAACUUGAUCCCCUGCACAAGGAUUGGAGGGACACCGUGCGUGAGCUGGCCUAUGAUAUCGAAGAUUUCAUUGAUUCCUUCUUGGUCCUUGUUGAUCACAAGCAAGAUGAACAAUCUACAUUCUUUAAGGGAUUCUCAUACAAACUGAAGAAGAUGAAGGCUUGCCAUGAAAUCUCUAAUGAGAUCGAAGAACUCAAGACACGUGUGAUAGAGGCAAGCAAGAGGCACAAGAGGUAUAAUUUUAUUGGUCUGGUAGCCAGCUGUACCACUUCUGAUAUUGACCCUAGGCUUCCAGCACUCUACGUUGAGGUUGAUGAGCUUGUGGGAAUCAAUGGACCAAAGGAGCAUAUCAUGGAGUGGUUUGCCAAGGGGAUAAGAGAUGUAAAAGUCAAGGUGUUGUCCAUUGUGGGUUCUGGUGGUCUGGGUAAGACUACUCUCGCCAACCAAGUCUUCCAUCAAUUCAAAUGCCAGUUUGAAUGCACAGGUUUUGUGUCUGUGUAACGAAGUCCUAACACAAAGAGUAUUUUAAGACAAAUGCUUACUGAAGUAGGGAUCACUGAUUACACAUCUGAAGAUGAGCGGCAACUCAUAGACAGAAUAAGGGACCGCCUCAAAGAUAAAAGGUACUUUGUUGUAAUUGAUGAUGUAUGGGAUGUGGAAGCAUGGAAAGUUGUCAGCCUAGCGUUGUUCAAUAAUAGAUGUGGUAGCAGAAUUGUCAUGACAACACGUAAUGCCGCAGUUGCAUCACAUUGCUCAAGUGAUGGUGGUUGUGUUUAUCAAAUGGAACCCCUUAAUUUUGCUGACUCCAAAAUGUUGUUUUGCCAAAAAGCAUUUCGUUCCAGGGAAUUAUACAAUCCCCAUCUGGAAAAAGUUUGUGAUGAGAUAUUGGCUAAGUGUGGUGGAUUACCAUUGGCAAUUAUUACAGUAUCUAGCUUGUUAGCGGGCAAGCAUGCAAAAGAUGAAUGGGACAGGAUGCUAAAUGAUAUUGGUUGUGCACUUGCUAACAAUCCAGAUGCUGGGAACAUGACAAAGAUAUUAUCUCUUAGUUACUUUGAACUUCCCCACCAUCUGAGAACAUGUUUCUUAUACUUGUGUAUAUUUCCAGAAGAUUACAAGGUUAACAAGCAACGUUUGAUAAAUAGAUGGAUUGCUGAAGGAUUCGUUCAUGAGAAACAAGGAUGGAGCACCUAUGAAGUUGGCCAGAACUAUUUUAAUGAUCUUAUCAAUAGAAGUUUGAUCCAGCCAGUUGAUUUAAAAUAUGGCCAGGCGAAGGCAUGUCGAGUUCAUGACAUCAUUCUUGAUUUCAUCACAUGCAAGGCUACUAAAGAAAAUUUUGUCACCACAUUGGAUUUUGCAGAGCAUGGCCAUAUUUCAAAAUUCAGAGUACGUAGGCUCUGUGCCAAGAAUCACAAUGAAGAAAAGGUUAACAAAUCGGCAAGCCUGAAUCUCUCCCAUGUCCGGUCACUUACUAUAUUCCAGCAUGUCAAUGGAACUUCCUUGUUUGUUUUCCCAACUCUGCGUGUGUUGGACCUAUCAAAAUCAGGGUUGACAGAAAACCAUCUUGAAAGUAUUGACAAGCUGCAUCAUCUCAAGUAUUUGUCUCUUCGAUCAACAUCAAUAACUAAGCUCCCAACAAAAAUUGAACAACUGCAUUAUCUACAAACACUGGACAUAUGUGAUACCAAAAUUCAAGAGCUUCCGCUAAGUAUUGCAAAACUUGAGUGCCUGGCCCAUCUAUAUGUUGAAAGAUGGACUAGAUUUCCUGAUGGUUUAAUUGGUAAGAUGCAGAGCUUGGAAGAACUAGAGGAAUUUGGCAUCUACUGUGAGCUAGGCAAGUCUCUGGAAGGAUUCAGUCAGCUAACAAAGCUUAGGACAUUGAAAGUUCAUCUUUUUUGGUGGUCAGAUGCCGAGGAAUGUCAAAAUUAUGUCUCAGCCUUACUGUCUAGCAACCUUCAUCAUCUAUAUUUGACUGGCGGCCCACUGACCCUGGAAUCGUGGUACCCUCCUACUCCUUGCAUCAUCCGGAAGCUUCAUAUCAAAGGCUGUUACAACCGUAAGGUCCCAAACUGGAUGAGCUAUCUUGGAAGCCUCACUGAAUUACAACUCUGGAUCCGUAGAAUGGGACCAAAUGAUGUUAAGAUCCUUGGAGCAAUACCCAGCUUGCAUUUUCUCGAAGUCAGAACUCUCUGUGGCACCAAUGGAAGGAUCAUCAUCUGUGGCAACCAAGGAUUCAGAAGUCUGAGAUAUUUCUCGUUACGAAUCAAGAGAUGUGGGACCAUGCUGGAGUUUGAAGCAGGGUCAAUGCCAAAGCUUGAGCACCUCCAGCUUGAAUUCCGUUUACAUGGAAUGGAUUGCCUGAAUGGUGCUUCUGAUUUUGGCAUCCAGAAUCUCUCCACCCUUACCAAAGUUGAGAUUGGUAUAUGGGGCAACAUUUACUCUGACGGUAUCUAUGAUCCGGCACAAGAUAUGGACGAUAGCAUCACCAGGUCUGUUGUAAGCCUCAUCAAAGCUACCAUCGAGACGCUUCCCAAUUGUCCGACUAGCAGAUUCCAAUUAGAGUAUGAUUGUGGAAAUUGUUUAUUGGGUGAGACAAGUCAAGAAUUUGAGGGCCAGGGUCCAGAUGAGGCCUAUCCUCAUGAACAUAAAAUAUUUUCACUACAGGAACUACAAGAUGCAACAGAUUUCUUCAGUAAUAACAACGUUCUUGUUGAUCUAUUCGACAGCAAACUGUACAAAGGAAGACUACAAGAUGGUUCCUUAGUAGUUGUUCACAUGGAUUGUCCAACAGCGGAUUGGAGUCGGAGAACACGACAGUUUCAAACACAAGUUGAGAUGCCUGUGCAUAGAAACCUGGUGCGUCUUCAUGGAUUCUGCAUAACGCCAACAAAAAGGUUCCUUGUGUAUCCAUACAUGUCUAAUGGAAGUGUUGCAUCAUGUUUAAGAGAACGGCCACCAUCUCAAGCUCCGCUUGAUUGGCAAACGAGACUACGGAUCGCAUUGGGUUCUGCCAGGGGGUUAUCCUAUUUACAUGAUCAUUGUGAUCCAAAGAUUAUCCAUCGUGACAUCAGAGCUGUAAAUAUUUUCUUAAAUGAAGAUUUUGAAGCAUUAGUGGGGAAUUUUUGUUUGGCCAAACUAGAGGAUGACAUGGAUACUGAUGAUAGAACGGCAGUACGUGGAGUAGUUGGGCAUAUCGCACCAGAAUAUCUUUCAGCAGGAAUUCUCUCUGAGAAAACUGAUGUAUAUGGCUAUGGGAUCAUGCUUUUGGAGCUUAUUACAGGAAAGCGUGCCUUAUAUCACGAUGGCCGUGCCAGAGAUGAGGAUAUAUUUCUACUGGACUGGGUCAAACGGUUACUCAAGGAGAAAAAGCUGAAAAUGUUGGUUGAUCCAGAUCUACGGAACAAUUACAUUCAUGUUGAGGUAAAAUCACUAAUCAAGGUUGCGCUUAUUUGCACACAAGUCUCCCCUGUAAAACGCCCCAAGAUGGUGGAGGUGGUGAGGAUGCUAGAAGGUGGUGAUGGCCUUGCACAAAGGUGGGAGGUGUGGUGGAAGAUAGAAGUAGUUCGACAGGAGGUUCCAUUAACUAGUUCGUUUUCAUUAUCUGCACCUAACAGUUUUGCCAACAACACUUCCUUGUGUGGUCUUGGCACCCCCAGUGCUCCGCCCCUUCACCCACCGCCUCCAUAUAACCCAGGGAGGUCAUCUCGUACUGGAGCAAUUUCUGGUGGAGUGGCUGCUGGAGCAGCCUUGCUAUUUAAUAUUCCUGCUAUUGGUUUUGCCUGGUGGCGACGCAGGAAACCCCAAGAGUAUUUUCCUGUUGUACCUGGGGUCCAUCUUGGCCAGCUUAAAAGAUUUUCGCUACGAGAACUUCAAGUUGCAACAAAGACCUUCAACAAUAAAAACAUUCUUGGCACAGGCGGUUUUAGCAAGGUCUAUAAAGGAAGACUAGCAGAUGGUUCUUUAGUAGCUGUUAAGAGACUAAAGGAGCAGAGAACACCUGGUGGGGAACUACAGUUUCAAACAGAAGUUGAGAUGAUUAGCAUGGCUUUACAUAGAAAUCUGUUGCGUUUACGUGGGUUCUGUAUGACACCCACAGAAAGGUUGCUUGUGUAUCCAUACAUGGCUAAUGGAAGUGUUGCUUCACGUCUGAGAGAACGACCACCAUCUGAACCUCCACUUGAUUGGCAAACAAGAAGAAGGAUCGCAGCAGGUUCUGCCAGGGGGCUGUCCUAUUUACAUGAUCAUUGCAACCCAAAGAUCAUCCAUCGUGAUGUCAAAGCGGCAAAUAUUUUAUUAGAUGAAGACUUUGAAGCUGUAUUUGGAGAUUUUGGUUUGGCCAAACCAAUGGAUUACAAGGAUACCCAUGUAACAACUGCAGUACAUGGAACAAUUGGACAUAUUGCACCAGAAUAUCUUUCAACAGGAAUUCUCUCUGAGAAAACUGAUGUAUUUGGCUAUGGAAUCAUGCUUUUGGAGCUUAUUACAGGAAAACGUGCCUUUGAUCUUGCUCUUCUAGCCAGAGGUGAGGGUGUCAUGCCACUGGACUGGGUCAAACGAUUAAUCAAGGAGGAAAAGCUGGAGAAAUUGAUUGAUCCAGAUCUACAGAACAAGUACAUUGAUGCUGAGGUAGAAUCACUAAUCCAGGUCGCGCUUCUUUGCACACAAGGCUCCCCUCUGGAACGCCCCAAGAUGGCUGCGGUGGUGAGGAUGCUUGAUGAAGGUGAUGGCCUUGCUGAAAGAUGGAAGGAGUGGCAGAAGAUAGAAAUAGUACAGCAGGACGUGGAGCUUGGCCUGUAUCAGAAUGGUUGGACUGUUGACUCAACUGAGAACCUCCAUGCGGUCGAGUUAUCAGGGCCAAGGUGAUGAAUGCUCACCGGUAACUUUCUGCUGAUUCUUGUACAUCGGAAGAGCAAUUCGUACUGAUCACCCUAGUCGAAUCACCAUCUGUUCAUAUUUGUUUGAUGUAUAAUGCUUUUUCUUGCUCGACGCACAACCAUGGACAUUGCCAUAUUGGUGCCACGGAAACAGCACAACCCGAGGAACUAGUGUCCUGAGUGGUUGCUGCAACAAUGUCCCAGUAUGUUAAACCUACAAUUUAGUAGGAUGGAACUGGGUAUCAUUUUUGCCUCCUUUGGGAAGGCUUCAGAUGAUGCAAUUGCCCAUGGUGUACUUUUAUUUGGGCAUUUCGUUAUGUCUGUGUUUCCUGUAAAGGAUAUAUACCUAGUUCUGAAUCAAAUGUACCUUCUGCACAGAGAUGUAAUCUUUGGUAAGAAUCGCUUCUCUUUUUUUUCUUUUCCUAA